GUUCAACGCUAGUAAUCAAUUAAGUAUGCCAUGAUGCCGGUCAUGUGAAUGAACUCAGGUCCAAGUAGUUGAUCAAUCAUUCAGAGGGCUGCAAAGACACCAUAAAGCAAGACCGCCUAGCGAUGCCAUCACUGAGACAAAAGGUCACAACAUACUUUCGUCAAUUGAGUUUCAUUGCCGACUCUAGAGAUGGUCCGCGGAGUCCUCGUAAAACCGAAGAAGAUGAUGGUGGUUUUAUUACCAAGUACUUGGAAGGUCGAAUGGAAAGGAUUUUUGAACCUGGUUCCGAAGUAAGCAGUGGCCAAAAUCCGUCCGAUAUGCCAGAACAUCCAUUGGCUGAAUAUCCCACCGGUCCACAUACCAUAACAUCAGCAUGUACUGGGCCCGAUGAUGGCCUAACUGGAAUUAAACGAUCCAAAUUGCAUUUAAGUGCUGGCUCCGAUAUUGACUUUAUUGAUACAAUUCAAGAUAAUGAUGUUAUGGAGGUUCGCAAAAGCAUAAGCAAUCACAAUAAAUUUAAGUUUAACGCUUCUAAGUAUCGAUCGGAUCAAAAUGCCAAUAAAAUGGGUGUUGGUGGUGUUGGAACACCCAACACUCGUUCUAGAAGAAAUUCUAAAGUUGAACAAUCUACCACCACCUCCACUACCACCACCGGUAGCGGAUCUGAAAACACCAAGGGAGGAGGAACAACCAUUGUCGUAAGCAUGGUCAGCACAACAAAAACUAACACUGCCGGCCACAAUGGCACAACCACCAAUGUUGUUACCACCGACGAGCAGCAAAGUAACAAGAAUAUAGUUAACGCAAAGACUGAUUUUAAGGAAAUCUCGAAUGGCCAUAAUGGUAUCAUUAAAACAUCGACAUCAGUUGAUGAUUCAAAACCAAUAGCUGAGAAGAAACUGGAAGAUGCAUCACGUUUAUUACGCGAAGCAGUUUCGAAUCAGGCUUUAAUAACAGAUAAUGGCUCGCUGGUUGAGCCUAUUGCUGGUGUCACAAAUUGGAAGAUGGAAUCGGAGAGUGCCUAUGGAAUAUCUGUGUCUUUGUAUGAAAAUAAUAUGUUGACUAAGGAACCAAUGGGAAAUCCCAUCGCUGAUUGUUAUGGUAUUGUAGUGCGUGGAAAUGCUGCAACAAUGGCCUUAGCUGAUGGGGUAAAUUGGGGUGAUGGUGCUCGUUUGGCAGCUCGCUCUGCAGUUCACGGAUGCCUUGACUAUUUGGACCGAGCUGUUUUUGGUAUGGCCCAAGAGUGUAUAGCAACCACUACUAGUGAAGUAUUUGUAUCGCUUUUAAGAAGUUUAUGGGAAGGACACGGGUGCAUUUUAGAAGUUGGUGGGGCCUUAAGUACAUUAACAAUUGCUGUUGUUUUGCCAUUAGCUGAACCAAAUCUUGGCAAAUAUGUUGUAUGUGCAUGUAAUGUUGGUGAUUCUCUGGGUUAUGUAUACUCAAAGAAGCAUGGUGUUCGAGAAUUUACGCAAGCUUGUCAUGAUAUACAUUCCAUGCGUGAUAUGCGUGAUGCAUUAGGUGCUCUUGGUCCAGCCGAUGGCAACAAACCAGAACUUAGCAAUCUGACACUUUCUAUGACUAUUGUCGAUGCUGGGGAUAUAGUUUUUCUUACUUCAGAUGGUAUAAGUGAUAAUUUUGAUCCAGUUGUUGGCAAAUUCGCCGAAGCCUGGACACCAGAAAGUAAAAUUUCAAAAUAUGAACAUCAACGUUCACUUGGCGUUCUAGCUCCGAAGCGACAAAACAAAAGUGCAUCAGCAAUUUACUCUCGUUUACAUCGCGGAGAACCAACUAGUAACAAAAUGACAUGCAGCAUGAAUGCUGGUCAAUCUUCAAUUCCGUCUCGUCCACCACGUUCAAAGAAAAGCUCCUCGCCCGAAAAUGUAGCUCCUCGAGGACAACUUGAGAAAUCUUCAAGUGUUUCUAAUGUGCCAAGUCGGCCAAAAUACAUGCGUUCACACACCGUCAUCGAGUCACGCGCCCAGCAAACGCAACCAAUUGUUAAAGUACCCAAAUCAAUACUUGGGCUACCUUUGGUUACUGGGCCCCAACGACACGCAUUAACUUUAUAUCGUCUAGAAGACUUGCUAAGCUACGGUACAAGUGGAACCUUCUGUCCAUGUUCUUCAGCACGUCGAUUGUGCCAUUUAUUAAUAGAUUUUGUCCGUAUGAUAACAACUGCCCGGCGAAAGACUUUGGAGCAGCGUGAACUCUUUUACAAAUUGGCUACUGGCCCGGAUGGAAUUAAACGUGAAGUUGAAUUGAAUCGGAUGCAACACCGUGCUGCAAGGAAGCGGGUAGUUGAUAGUAGUGCAUUUUCAUCGCUGCCAGGGAAGCUUGAUCAUGCCACGGUUGUGGCUUAUACAAUUGGAUCUGGGCUUCAAUCGAAAGAGUUUCAAGAGACAAAUUUUUAAAAUGCACACAGUAUCAUCAGCGUUUAUGUCGUUGUGAUGAUUAUUUUUAUUAUUUUUUUUUUUUUUCAAUUUAAAAUUACAUCACCUCAAACAAAAAAAAAUUUUUGGUUUCUACUUGGAGAGCUUAUUAAAUAUUAAGUUUUGCAUUUAAGAAACGAGAGUAACUCAUAGCUUUAGUAUAAUGUGAGAAUGAAUUGAUGUUAUGCGCGCCAAUCAUGUUAAGUUUUUAUUUUGCUUUCGUAGUUUUUUACAUUUAACAAAUCUGUUUUCAUUAAUUUUUUUUUUUCAUUUUUGUGAUAUAUAAUAUGAUACAUUUAAACAAAGAGUUAUUUUUUUUUUAAUAAAAUAAGUUUUACUUUAUUUUCUGUUUCUAA